AUGUGACUCUGCGAGUCGGCGGAUGUUGCCCACUGGUAGGAUUAUUAUAAAAGGGGCUCGCUUUCAUUCAAAUGAGCGCCCAACUCACAUUAUAUCGCAUUCCUGGUUCUUGUCCGUCGGAUAGUAUCUUUUCGUGGAAACCUGCAAGAUGAGCGCCCAGGUUGCAGACAAGUCAGACUCCCCGAUGGCAAGUGCUGUCCUCCAUCGACAUACCAGCUUUGUCCCCAAAAAGGCAGUUGGGGGAAAGGGUAGUUAUCUUUUCCUCGAAGACGGCACCAAGUUUUUGGAUUCAACGGGGGGUGCUGCGGUUUCCUGUCUAGGUCAUGGCAACGAGAAGGUCAACCAGGCCAUCAUCGAUCAGUUGCAGAAAAUUUCGUACUGUCACACUGCAUUCUUUGGAACAGACGUGUCUGAAGAGCUUGCUCGAUUUCUUGUUGAUUCGACGGGCGGGAAAUUUUCCAAGUUGUAUGUUGUUAGCUCUGGCUCCGAAGCGGUCGAAGCCGCAUUGAAGCUCUCCCGACAAUAUUUCCUCGAAUUGCCAACACCCCAACCGCAACGAACGCGAUUCAUCGCCCGCAAGCCCUCCUACCACGGUAUCACACUGGGUGCUCUAGGGGCAGGCGGUCAUGUCAUCCGACGAGAGCCAUUUGAGCCUCUUCUCUCAACAAACACAUCGCACGUCUCGCCAUGCUACGCUUACCGCGGCAAGAAAGACGGCGAAUCCGACGCAGAUUAUGUCACGCGUCUUGCCGACGAGCUUGACGCUGAGUUUCAACAUGUUGGACCGGAUACGGUGUGCGCGUUCAUUGCGGAACCUGUUGUCGGAGCCGCUUUAGGUUGCGUCCCCGCGGUCCCUGGAUACUUCCCUGCGAUGAAAUCAGUCUGCGAGAAAUACGGAGCCCUGUUUAUCCUCGACGAGGUUAUGAGCGGCAUGGGUCGCUGCGGUACCCUUCACGCCUGGGAGCAAGAAGGUAUUGUGCCGGAUUUGCAGACAAUUGGGAAGGCCCUUGGGGGUGGAUAUGCUCCGGUGUCGGGGCUUCUGAUCUCGGAUAAGAUCGUGCAAGCUAUCGACAAAGGUACCGGUUCAUUCCGACAUGGACAAACGUAUCAGGGUCAUCCGGUCUCGUGUGCCGCCGCGUUGGCGGUGCAAAAGGUCAUCAAAGAGGAGAGUCUGUUGGAGAAUGUCCGGAGUAUGGGUGGGUAUUUGGAGAAGAAACUGAGGGAGACCCUGGGAGACCAUCCAUACGUUGGAGACAUAAGGGGCAAGGGAUUGUUUUGGGGUAUCGAGUUUGUCAAGGAUAAAACGACCAAAGAGCCAUUCAGCACUGAGAUCACAGUGGCGCUUCUUAUCCAGGAGACCGGGCUCAAGCCUGAACAUGCGAUAUCGCUGUAUGCUUCAUCAGGGACUGCUGACGGAAUUAGGGGUGAUCAUGUCAUUCUGGCACCCCCGUAUAAUGUUACCAAGGAGGAGAUUGACAUUAUUGUCGAGACGACGAGGAAAGUCGUUAAUGAAGUGUUUGCUCGAGUAGGAUGAGGAUUCAGGUAAGGUUAAUGAAUUAUGUUCUACGGACUAUGUCGGAGAUUAUUGGACUAGAUUCGCUCUUAUUAUACAUAUUCCAGAACUAAGCUUUAGCUUCGGCUUCCAGCCCCUUGGAGACUACAUCCCCAUUUGUAGCAGUAGUCGAAGAAUUCAGAGACCACAUACUCGCAACAGUCUCAACAGCGCGCUCAAUCACUACCCUUACUCGGUCCCUUAAGACUGCAUUGACACAUUCGACCUCCAGAUCCUCCAGCCAUACCCUCGCAACAUGCUUAUCUACUUUGAUCUCGAUGCCAGGGACGGGGAUACCAAUGGCUUGAAGACGGGCGAGUUCAGCCGCUUCAAGUUUUGCAAUCGUCGCAUCAUCACGGAGAUCCUUGGUUUCGGAGGAGGCGGCCUCGGAGUCAGACUUGGCGGUGCCGUUCGUUGCUGUCUGGCGGUCCUCCGUUGAAGGAAGUCGUGGCCGCUCGAUAGGCGCAAUGUCAGAGCCGAAUUGCGCUUCUAGCAUCAUUAGGAGGCGGGCGAAUCGUUCCUCGGCAUCCUGAGCGGCGUGUGGGUUGAUCAGGUCUAGCCCGUCAUCGUGGUGAUGGUGGUGCUUGUGAUUGUGCUUAGCAGAUUCUGUGAGUUUAACAUUAGCAGGCGCGACGAUGCAUAAAACAAGAAUAACAUACGUUUCACGGACGCCGGGCUGCUUUCCACGGUGAGGAGAACCGCCAUGACGGCAUCGGCCACUCCGUCAUUCAUCAUGUUUCCUUCCCACUGCAGCUCUACCUCGCGUGUACGAGGGUGAUAUCGGACUAUGACGCAGCCCAGGACAAGGUAUGUCUGCGGCUUUUCCAUAGGAAUCUCCUCAUCUGCAGCUUCCACCUUCACAUGCUGUUUUGAUCCGUUGAUCUCGGCUUCUCGGUCCUCUUCCUUUGUGUCGUUGCCGAUCUCUUCAAUAGCACCAAAUGUACCCUCUAGAGCCCAUUUGAUCAAAUCCAUACUUGCAGAGCUUAGCGUGAUGUGCUGUCUGCAGGUAAUGGUCGUGGUCGCAAGACCAGCGUAUUCGCGGAGAUCAUCUGGUGCCAUUAAUGACAGAUCGAAGCCGUUUUGAACCAGAACUCCGGCCAUGAGCGGCCCUUCCUCUUGCUCCGUAGGGAUUGUCAUUUGCGCUAGUUUACCCACGACCUUGGCAAUUUUGUCUUUUCUGAAAGGGAUCCGGACUUCCUCGCAGUUGGCGGGGGUGUAGACCUUGACUUUGACGGUUUUGUCUGCAUUGAGACUGAGCAGUUUAGAUUUGAGACGCAUCAUCUGAUGUUUCUCACCGUGG